UCGUUCACGAUUCGAACGUCGCUAGUGGAUGGUGGUGCGGCAGGAACAGCAAAGAGCGCAGUCUCCGGGAGGGCUUCAGCAGACCGUUAGGCUGUUCACAUCACCUUCAGACAUGGCAAAGGAAGGGACCGAGAUUGCUGAAGAGACCGAGCAAAUGAUAGACCAGAAGGAGCCGGACAAUCCCGUUUCUGCGGUUGUAGAUUCAAAAGAAAUGCGGGCUGUGCUGCUCACGGGCUUUGGUGGUCUAAACAAACUCAAAGUCACCAAGAAACCAAUGCCAGAGCCUCAAAGAGGAGAAGUCAAAAUUCGCGUGAAAGCAUGUGGGUUGAACUUUCUUGAUCUAAUGGUGCGUCAAGGAAAUAUUGAUAAUCCUCCAAAAACGCCUCUUGUGCCUGGAUUUGAGUGUGCUGGGAUUGUAGAGUCUGUGGGAGAAAACACCAAAGGCUUUGAGAUAGGUGACAGAGUGAUGGCCUUUGUAAACUACAGUGCUUGGGCAGAGGUGGUGUGCACACCGUUGGAUUUCGUGCACAAGAUCCCAGACGACAUGACAUUCCCAGAGGCAGCUGCCUUCUCUAUGAACUUUGUGGCUGCCUACAUGAUGUUGUUUGAAGUGGCCAAUCUCAGGGAGGGGAUGUCUGUAUUAGUUCACUCCGCAGGAGGUGCUGUGGGUCAAGCAGUCGCUCAACUGUGUUCCACUGUCCCGAAUGUCACUGUGUUUGGGACCGCCUCUCCCUUCAAGCACGAAGCCAUACAGCAUUCAGUCACUCAUCUGUUUGACAGAAACAUCGACUACGUUCCAGAAGUUAAGAAGAUAUCUCCAGAUGGAGUAGAUAUUGUACUGGACUGUUUGUGUGGAGAGAACACAGGAAAAGGCCUAACUCUGCUCAAGCCCAUGGGAACGUACAUCCUGUAUGGUUCAUCAAACAUGGUGACAGGAGAGACGAAAAGUUUCUUCAGUUUUGCAAAAUCUUGGUGGCAGGUUGAGAAGGUGAACCCUAUCAAACUCUAUGAGGAGAAUAAAGUCAUAGCUGGAUUCUCACUCCUGAACCUCCUCUUCAAGCAGGGAGGGUGCAACCAAGUCAAAGCAGCGGUGCAAAAACUUCUGUCCCUUUACGACCAAAAGAAGAUCAAGCCUGUUGUUGAUUCCUUAUGGGCGCUCGAGGAGGUGAAGGAAGCCAUGCAGAGAAUCCAUGACAGAGGAAACAUAGGGAAGCUGAUUUUGGACGUGGAAAAGUCUCCCACGCCUUUGAUGGCCAAUGACAGCACAGAGACCAGUGAGGCAGGUGAGGAAGAAGAGGAGCAGGAGGAAGACAAUGACAACAAAGAGCGAAUGCCCUUCAUUCAGUGAAGCCAGACUCAUCCAGAGACUAUCAUGAACCUGAGCUGAGCUCCGUGUCAUUGUGAAACGUAUCUGUGUGUGUGAGAUGUGUUCGGUCUGUUGUUUGUGUGUUUCUUUGCCUGUUUUGGACAAUUCAGACAAAAAUACUCCAAAACACUUAGUGUGGUGUUACAUGUUCGACUGAAGUGCCAUUCUUAGUGUGGUGUUGAAUUGUUGCAGUGUUUUAGACCAAAAUGUUACUGUAGGAUAGGAUUGCCUUUUCAUGAAAGCCUUUUGCAGCCUUUCGGAUGUUUUAUUUGGCCCCGUCAGUCAGUGAACUGAAAGAUGACUGCAGUCGAAGUCCAAAACUAAUGCUUGCCAAGAGACAAAUGGAAGUCAAAAUUGGUUUUGGCAAGUAAAUUAAACGCUGCAGUGGGUGGAAACUUUAUAAGUUACUGCAACUUAAUACAUGGUGUAGGUCCAACAGUAGGAUAUAAGUGACUUUAAGACUUUUACCUCCGUGGGCAAUUUACCAUCUUAUGAUUAUUAAGGAAAAGUUUUUUUUUUCUCUAUAACUCCAUCCUCUCAAAAAAAAAAAAAAAAAUUCACUACCAAAAUUCUGUAAUUUAUUCACCCUCAUAUCACUCCAAACCCGUAUGACAUUUCUUUUUUUGAUUUAACAAAAAAAAAAAAGAAGUUGCUAUUGACAUCUGAUGAAGGCCUUGAAGUUUGCAGAAACAUCUCUGUUUUUGAAGAAAACUAAAGUAUGUUUACAGAGUGAGUGAUGCUCUUUUCUUUAAGAUUUCUUGUCGAGCAUCUGCAUUUUAUUUUUGUCUAUUUCCAAGCAUGUUGGUAACCACUGACUUCUAUUGUAUAGACAAAAAAAACACCCUGACAUUUCUCAAAGUAUCUUCUUUCAUUUUACACACAAGAAAGAAAGUCAUACAGGUUUGGUAUGACAUGAGUGUGAGUAAAUAAUGCCUACAUUAAACCAUUUUAUCCAUAAGGACAAACUGGAUUUUUACUAAAUAAUUUUUAUUCAAUAGAAUGAUCUGGAUUCAUUGCACAAGUGUGGCAGGUUAAUCUUUGACACCGCUGCAGUGCUGCUGAUGCAUUUGUGUGAGUGAGACUGUGAGAUUGUGUGUUUAUGACUGAAAUAAUUGAAGAAAGUUAAAGGCAGAAGUCAUCUGGAGCUUCUAGUUGUCAUGUAGGUGCUUGUUUAGGUGGCACAUUUUUAGUGUGGCACUGUUUUUCUGCUCCGAGAAUCUGCGUUACUCUUGGUACAUCUCUAAACACAUUAUUUAAGCCUUUAGAAAGACAUUUAAAUGAGUUGUCAUGAUCAGCUACUAAAUGUAAUAUACCCAUAUAGUAUUAUGCACGCUCCUUAAAGAAAGAGCUCACCUCAAAAUUGAAAAUCUGGCAUCAUUUACUCACCCUCAUGGCAUUCCAGACUCUUUCUUACUUCUAUGGAACAGAAAUGGAGAUAUUUCGCAGAUUGUUCAUGCUGCUCUUUUCCAUACAGUGGCCCAGGGGGUGAGUAAACAGUGACUCGGAUGCUUUUGUUUGGGAUGAACUGUCUCAGUAAAUCACCAGUUAAUGUUCUGAUGUUUAGGUCAAAACCAAGCAUAAUGACUUUAAUUUCAAGCUAGUAAUCAACAACAACAAAAAAAUGAUAAAUUAAUAAUUCUUAGUGCCUUUUGUCGCAUAUCUGCACUGAGGACCAGAAGGCUUGUCAGUGUUUUUCUUUUUGUAUUUCAUCGAGAAUAGACAAUUUAAUGUCUUAAAAUCUUUUUGCUUACAUAUACCUCAGAAAUGAAAAUAGUGGUUGUGUCUAAAGUUGUAUUAGUUGUGUGUGUAUGUGAAGGUAUGCUGUGUUUCAUCUCCUCUUAAAUUAUUAAUUAGGUGGCUUUAUAGGGAAUACAUAUAAAAACAACCAGUCUGAUAGUAACUGUUCAUGGCUUGCACUCAUCAUUGUUCCUCCUUUUUGAGUUGUUUCUUUAAAUUAAAAGAAUAGUUCACCAAAAAAUGAAACUUUUGCUUAUAACUUACACUCCAAGAUGUAGAUGAGUUUGUUUCUUCAUUGGAACAGAUUUGGAAAAAUGUAGCAUUAUAUCACUUGCUCACCAAUGGAUCCUCUGCAGUGAAUGGGUGCCGUCAGACUGAAAGUCUAAACAGCUGAUAAAAACAUCAGAAUAAUUCACAAGUAAUCCUCACCACUCCAGUCUAUCAAGCCUGAAGGAGAGUACGUUUUCAGAAAAGUUUUAUUUCUGAGUGAACUAUUCCUUUAAGCGAGAAUGGAAUGACUUCCGCAUGAGCAAAAAUAACGAACCCACCUUCUAUUUAGACCUACAAAUUAAAUGUUUUUUGCUUGUUUCUUUAAUGUGCAUGAUAUGAAAGGCACACAUAUAUAACAGUAUCUUUCCACGUUUUCCUGUUUAUUUUAGGGAUACGAUUGUUUUCUUUGAAGACUUUCUAAAGUGUUAGUGGGUCCCCGCUCAAGACACACAAAAGCAUAUUGUUGAUGUAUAGUUUAAGAUUGUAGACAUGCUUUUAUGUUGUGGUAGAUUGCAAACACAUAAAAUCUGAAUAAAAUGUUGUGCAGAGCA